CACGUCUCCCUUUGGGUAUUGUUUGAGGGGAACUGACGGUGGAAGGGCGGUUGUGGUUAUGGUCGUUUUUACACGGGGGUCGUGUGCCCCUCCCUGCCUCCUUACCUCUUCACUACCCGGACCCUCCCCGAGUAUUGGGCUGAUGCCUUUGCUCGGGGCGUGGUUAGGGCUUUCUGGGACGGGCACAGUGACUCCGGAACUGUGGAGUCCGGGGAGGGGGGAGGGAGAAGGGCGUUUGGCACGCGCGGCUCACCCCACCGCUGGCUCGGCCGCCGCCAUUUUAUGGCUGCCAGCGUCUGCCCGCCGCCGUCUGCGCAGGCGCGGCGGUGGCGUCGCGAGAUUCCGGCUUCCACCCGCUGUGACGUUCCUGGGAGGCGGCGACGUGCGCGCGGCCCGUCGCCAUUGGGCUGGCCUUGCGGAGGGCGGGGUCGGCUCCGCCCGCACUUCUCGGCCUUUCCUAACUGCGGCAGAUGGGAGGGGGCCAGAAGAGCCGGGGAGAGAGUGCGGCUGCGCAGUUCCAGAGGCGGCAGUGGGCGUUGCGGUUGCUGCGGUCUGGGCCCAGGGAAGGAUCGUGUUGGGAGCCGAGUUUUAAUUUUGUCUGCAAGGGACCUGGCCUAAUAAGAGGCACUCUUGGCAAUCUUGUUUAUAACAUCACCGGGAAAUACUAGCCGGACACCAUGAGUGGUUGUCGAGUAUUUAUCGGGAGGUUAAAUCCAGCGGCCAGGGAGAAAGACGUGGAAAGAUUCUUCAAGGGGUAUGGACGAAUAAGAGAUAUUGAUCUGAAAAGAGGCUUUGGUUUUGUGGAAUUUGAGGAUCCCAGGGAUGCGGAUGAUGCCGUAUAUGAACUCGAUGGAAAAGAACUGUGCAGUGAGAGGGUUACUAUUGAACAUGCUAGAGCUCGGUCUCGAGGUGGGCGAGGUAGAGGACGCUAUUCUGACCGUUUUAGUAGUCGCAGACCUCGAAAUGAUAGACGAAAUGCUCCACCUGUAAGAACAGAAAAUCGGCUUAUAGUUGAGAAUUUAUCUUCAAGAGUCAGCUGGCAGGAUCUCAAAGAUUUCAUGAGACAAGCUGGGGAAGUAACCUUUGCGGAUGCACAUCGACCUAAAUUAAAUGAAGGGGUGGUUGAGUUCGCCUCUUAUGGUGAUUUAAAGAAUGCUAUUGAAAAACUUUCUGGAAAGGAAAUAAAUGGGAGAAAAAUCAAAUUAAUCGAAGGCAGCAAAAGGCACAGUAGGUCACGGAGCAGGUCUCGUUCCAGGACCAGGAGUUCCUCUAGGUCUCGUAGCCGGUCUCGGUCCCGGAGUCGCAAGUCUUACAGCCGGUCCAGGAGCCGGAGCCGGAGCCGGAGCAAGUCCCGUUCUGUUAGUAGGUCUCCUGUGCCUGAGAAGAGCCAGAAACGUGGUUCUUCAAGUAGAUCUAAGUCUCCAGCAUCUGUGGAUCGCCAGAGGUCCAGGUCCCGAUCCCGGUCAAGGUCCAGAUCAGUUGACAGUGGCAAUUAAACUGUAAAUAACUUGC